AUGACGUCGACGUGGUUGGAAUCCUCGUUUGAGGACUCCUUGACCGUCAGCGGCGCUUUCGACACUUCUCGUCACAUCGUCUUCAACGAGUGUUGCUUCAGUGUUUGCGUGUUCAGUUGCUUCCCCCUCAGGCGAUUGCGGAAUGCUCAACGUCGGAAAAGAAUUGCGAUCAAUGAUCAGCAGUCUCGGCGACGACAAGGAGCAUGCUUCGGUUUCCUGCCGAACGUCAUUUAUGUCACUCACAACACGAGGACCAACUUAACUAACGAUACUCUAACGUCGUCGUUGCACUUUUCUAGCCACAUUUUCUUGAGCAACAAUAAAGAUGAAAUAUGUUCCCGCAAAUUUUCCUCGCAUAUCAACUUUAUAGUGUUCUCCGAAUGCAAAACAACGAGCUACAUAAGCGUAAAAUGCGAAGGACUAAGAUUCCCCCGUGACGUCGUCGUCGUCGUCGUCGUCGUCGACACGGAUUAUAAAGCGCCUCUAUGUGCAGCAAAAGCAUCGACACCACCGUCGACGGGAAAGAAGAGAUCCUUCGUUCCCCCGCUUGCUCUGUUUAUGCUGAGUCGUCGCCUCCUUUUAAACGUUUUUUCGUUGCGACGUCGGGUUCAGUUGGCACCCGGGAUAAAAGCAUCAGAUGGAAGCUUCUUCGAAAAGUUUGGAACCCUCGACAAGGACGUGGCUGUGAAACGGUAUCAGUCGGUGAAAAAGACUCAGGAGAGGACCGCAAAUCCCAUUGAUGGCGACAUGUGCGUUGAGGACAUCGAACCUGACCCUGUUCCCGAUGCUUCAACCUCUUCAGUUUUCUCGCCAGAUUUCUCAAAGGGAUUUGAAAACGUCGACAAAGAAUCUGAGGAGUUGAUUGCUCUUGGCGAAGACGUUAUUUACGUGUUGCUGAAUGCACCAGCGCUGAAAGAUGCGGGACGAAGUCGACUCGUGCAGCACUCGAAAGAAGUGUUUCAUUUGACUGAUGAUCGCACCCGGAUCGAAUGGAUUCAAAAGCUGCCUGCUCCUCACUGGAAGAUGUCGGUGGUGGUUCACGAGGGCAGAAAGCUCAAGGAAAAUCAUCCCGAUGGGACUAGCAAUCCUUAUUGCGAGUUGACAGUGUUAUCCGACUCCAACAAUAAUUCGCCAGUUAAAUUCUGGACAUCGGUAAAAGAAAAAACCCUCGACCCGCAAUGGGAUGAAGUUUUUGAGAUGGAUCAUCCUGAAGACAUGCACUUGAAAGAGCAAAUGAAGCAAAUUGAGCAAGUGAAGGGUGUGAAAGGGGCUUUCCGUCUGAUGAGAAAUAUUGCACAGUCAAUAUCACCGACGCAACAAACUAACGGACAUUCAUCUCAAUCUUUGCUUGGGAAAGUGAACAUCAAACUCAGCGAGAUACCCGCUGGUCAAACUGCUGAUUGGUUUUCUGUCGAGAGGAAGUCGAAAAUCAGUUUCGACGGGAAACAGAAGCAAAUGGCGAAGAAGGGAGAACUGAGAUUAACACUGAACUGCUCUGGCAUUCAUCAGACUCCUUUGGCUCCUUCAACACUCCGUUUAUUUUUCAAAGCCAUCGUUCAGUAUGAGGUCGAAAAAGCAGAGCGAGAAACGCAGCAGUCUUGGAAAGGUGAUCUGAGCGAGGAGUCAACAAACUUGCUGAAUUGUUACCUCGGUUACUGGGAUGUGACAGAGGAACAGAAGGUAGUUGCUUCAUGGUUAGCAGCCUGGCAAACUUUCAAAGAAGGCAAGCGUCUCGACUACGUGGUUCUGCGCAAGCGUCUCAUCCGCUUGCCGGCACCUGAUGACGCUGAAUGCCUCGGAACUGCGGAGCGAUCGGCAAUGUGUGGGACGUUGAUGGACUGCUGGUCCAAUUUGCUGCGAGAUGUUAGUGGACAUCGGUUCCUCAUUGCCAGGAAACACGUCACUGGCGCUCACACUGUCGACGUUUUGUUGAAGACCUUGAAGGUCGUCGGCGAGCUGCUGAAACUCUGGGGCCUCGGAGGUUCGAGCUACGGGGAAUCGGAAGAAGUGGCACAUGCGUUGUCCAGGGGGAAUCAUCACUGGUACCAGCACAUUGUGGCUAUGGCGGAAUCCAACAACUCGAGCAGUCAAGACGAUGGUGACCACGACGUCAAAGUUUACAUUGAAGUUGUGGAGAAUAUCGCUCAAGAUCUUUACGAUGGCCGGUCUUUAUUCCAAUGGGUUUUCUACGACAACGUGGGUGUCGAUUACUUGUCCAUCGCGUUCAAGGAUUUCGAAUCCAAGAUUAUUAAUGACGUGAAGCCGAUGGUGAAGAGAUGUUGCGAAGAGCUUGGUAAAUUAUCCGAAGAUCCUGCACUUUUGUCAACUACGACAACCAAUAGCAGUACUUCGUCUAAUGGAAAGCAAAAAUCGGACCGCGUUUCCGUGAUUUCAAAUGCUUCAACUAAUAGUUUAUCAGCUGCUGAUGCUGAACGACAAGACGCAUUUUACGUCUUGGGGGCACAAGCUUUUGAACUGUACCUGGCAAUUCAACGUGUCGUCAAGGAGAAGGAAAGGUCGAAGAACCUGGUUCAAGCGUCAAAGGCGGACGGAAGCGAAGACAGGUGCUUGGAUUAUCACAACUGGUUCGAGCCAGCCAUGUAUUAUUGGAUCCGCAUCGCUCGCCGGAAAGCGUCAGCCAGAACCGCGAAAGCCAUUGAACUCGACUCCUGGUCUCGACUUGAGGACAACCUCCACAGCAUGUCGGCGACGAANAAUGCUUCAACUAAUAGUUUAUCAGCUGCUGAUGCUGAACGACAAGACGCAUUUUACGUCUUGGGGGCACAAGCUUUUGAACUGUACCUGGCAAUUCAACGUGUCGUCAAGGAGAAGGAAAGGUCGAAGAACCUGGUUCAAGCGUCAAAGGCGGACGGAAGCGAAGACAGCAGGUGCUUGGAUUAUCACAACUGGUUCGAGCCAGCCAUGUAUUAUUGGAUCCGCAUCGCUCGCCGGAAAGCGUCAGCCAGAACCGCGAAAGCCAUUGAACUCGACUCCUGGUCUCGACUUGAGGACAACCUCCACAGCAUGUCGGCGACGAACACUGUCGGGAUAUUCCACAAUAUCGUCAUAUUUUGGAAGAAUUUGGAUUGGCCCGACCCAAAAGGCGCCUUCGUGAUUGCUUGCCACGUAAUGCGGUGUAUUGCUGAAUGUGGGGAGAAAUAUGGAGAAGAAGUUUCUCGAUUCCUGGAGCAGUCCAACUUUCUGUCUUCUGGCGAUGAUUUCGAAAUAACUCCUCAGCUUUGUGCGGCUUUAAGCAGCCUUGAGUACGUGAAACUCAUUCUCCGACGUGGACCAGAUUGGCUAGAUGGCGAUCGCUUGCUGUCCAGGAUCUGCAAUCGUGGCCGAGAUAGUGUCCCGAAUGCUCAAAUCGGUGACGGAAUUUCAAAAAUUCCUGAAAUACGUUGUCAAUUGGCAGAUCGAUUUGGCAAAGAAGGAGGAAGUGGUUACUUUCGUGGCUUCAGCGUCAGCUCAAACGAUCUGACAGGGAGCGAAGAUAUGCGAAAAGUUCGCCGAGGUUCUGGAACAAUGCUUGCGCCUCCUCUUCUAACAUCAUCGCCUGGAUCAUCGAUGAGAAAAUCCGGAAAAGAUCCUCACAUCAGCACGAGGAAGAUCGUGAAUGCUAUGGCUGAGAUCAUGAAAUCAGUUUGCGAUUCACCAACAGGACGAAUAGGGUCAUUUUCUGCUACGGGAGACGAAUCUAUGCCUGGAGCAAUGACUUGCGAGUCGGUGGAGGACGAUUCCAAAACGUCUGGCUAUGACACGAACGAAACGUAUUCUGAUACCAGUUCAGAAUCAGGUCAAACUAUUCCCUCAGAUCCUGAUAAACUUCGCAACAUGCUGACGAGUACCAGGAGAUCUUUAACGCUAUUGAUGGAAUCUGGUGUUGAGCAACUGGACGGAAAAUUGACUCGCCUGCGACGUGCCGUUGUGAAUAAGUUGGUUGAGAGUUUGAUGGUGAGCUUACAAGAGUGCUGCAAAAACUCGGCCUCGACGGGUUCUUUGCUUUUGGACAGAGCUUUGACCAGAAUUGACAAUUCUCUGAGCUGCUUACACAGCAACGUGCCUGAUUCCAUUUGUCGCGAUUUUCUGGAUCAAGUCUGGGCUUCAUACCUCGUUUCCGCCGAGAUCCUUGCCGACAAAUUUCCGAAUUCUUCCGUUGUCAAUCUUUCUGAGCACUGA